GCGUAGAGACGGAAGUCACGUGACGCGAUUGGGAGUUCUGUCAUGUGAUGUUCCUGCUUUUGCAGCGAAGCGAUUUACAGUGAAGACAAACAAACCGCUUCUAAGACGAAAACCGCCCUCAGAGAAGAGCCUGAACCUGCUGGACGGCUGUCAUGGGGUGCUGUUUCAGCAGCGAUAGUGAAACAUCGCAGCAGAAUGAAGAGGUUAAGCCAUUGAUUCCUGACCCAAACUUAAACAAAAUACCCACCAAUGGCUUGGAUCGAAACGCAGACAGCCUGCUGUCCAGCCGCACAGAUGAACAGGCCCUGCUCACGACCAUCCUGCAGCGUACAGCCCUGAACAUAAUUGAUGUGUCAGCUGUUGAUUCCCAAGGCAUGGAGCAACAUGAAUACAUGGACAGAGCCAGACAGUACAGCACCAAGCUGGAGGUCUUGAGCAGAACGUUGUCUCAGAAGAAACCCUUUCCUCUUCCUUCACUGAGCAGCCAACCACACCAAGUGCUCGCCGCUGACCUGGUCUCAAACGCAGAUGUACAGCAGGUGUCUAAGAUCGCUGCGUAUGCCUACAGCGCCAUCUCACAAAUCAAAGUAGAUGCCAAGGAAGAGCUGGUGGUGCAGUUUGCUAUACCAUGAUUCAGAAGUUGGACCUCCUUCUCCCCAGUUCCUCUGAUUCUGUCUCUAAUUCUAGCCUUUUUCACUCCUCCGUUGUCCUUCCAAACCUCUUGAAAUGCAGACGCACAUCUCGUUGUUCUCUGAAUGCCCUGCAGAUAAAUAUAAUUCACCCCAAUAA